AUGGACCCGAUCGAAGCUGGAGAAAUAUACAGGAUGGAAAAGUAUAAAGAUUUCGUAUUUCAGGCGAAAAAAGUGGGCACGUUUGACACUCCCCAGGUGCAACGCAUGUUGAAACAGAUGCGAAAGUUAACCGUGGAGUUGGCCGAGAUCGCGGGGAAGGAGAAGGAAGAAGAAGAAAAAACUUUUGAAAAGACUUCUUCGGUGAUCGAUCGCGACGCGAAAAAAGAGUGGUGGAAGGACGGAGAGUACGACGAGAAGAAAGCGGACGAGGCGAACGAUCUCGGUUCGAAAUGUUUGAAAACGGCAAAGGAAAGGAAAAAUGGUACUAAAAAUCAAAGACGCGAAGAUCACGAACACGCGUUCGAGGCGUACACGGAGGCGAUCAGAUUAGAACCGAAGAAAGCGGUAUACUUCGCAAACAGGGCGUUUUGUGCGUUGAAGUUGGAACGAUACGUCAUCGCCGCGGAGGAUUGCGACAACGCUCUGAAACUCGACCCGAAAUACGAGAAGGCUUUGACGAGAGGCGCCAAGGCGCAAAUGAAGUUAAAUAACGAAACGAAAGCGAUAGAAAUGUACGAGUUUAUUUUACGACACAUCGAUCAGACGCACGCGGAAGCUACGAAAGGACGAGAAGAGGCCAGGGCACUUUUGAAGAGUAAAACGGAACGCGCGAAUAAGCAGAACGAGGCGACGCGCAAAGGCGAACUAAGAAAACCUCUCUUUGACGAAGCGGAAUUUUUGAAAAGAAACGCAGAAAAGAACGCGGAGAACUUAAUCGCAAGCGAGGAAAUGUUGAGACAAAUUCUAACGACUUCGACGUCUCCUUUUGAGAAUAACGCGCGAUUUGAGUACGUGGAAAAUUGCAUCAAGUGUCAACGCGUCUUACUCGCCUUGGACGAGUGCGAAAACAAACUUCCCAGAGACUCUAUCGAUCGUUUGUACCUUCUCGCCGAGUGUAAGUGGAGAGUAAACGACGUGAGCGGUGCGUUGAGAUGUUUAGAAGCAUCGAGCUUAGAGCACGAGUGCGACGAAGAACUUUUGAAACACUCGCAAAAAUGCAAGACGCUCGCGAACCGAUUGAGAGAACUCGAAACGAUUUCAGAAUCCAUCGAAAGUUUAUCAGAUCAAGAGGAGUAUCAGUUGUGCGUGGAAAAGUGCGAUUAUGUCCUGGAACAACUAUCCAUGGGUCGACAACCGACGCGGUUUCGCGCGAAUAUUCUCGUCGCUCGCGCGUCCAGUCUGGUAGGAAUCUUAACGUAUUCGCGGGGCGCUUCCUCCGGAACGAGUAGUGGCAGCGAAGAAGACGACGCGUUCUCCUCGGGUUCGGAUUCAGAAUCAUCCUCUACUGUUCUGAAUGAACGUGGAUUCGAGUAUUCAUCGACGAAUGCCGGAGAAACAAACCGAGAAAAACUCGACCGUAAUCGACUGGCAAAGACGGCGUUGAAAAGUGCCAAGGAGGCGUUACUCUUACACGCCAACAACGUUGAAGCGCACGUCAUUUCGCACGAUAUCUAUCUCUUAGGCAACAAACGUAUGAAAGCGUUCGAGUCUAUCCGUUUAGCGCAAAUGCUAUCACCGGAGGAUCCGAUCAUCGCUCGAAAAGUGCAAAAGUUGGCCAAGCUCGUUUCCGCCAUGAACAGAAAAACGCCGGGCAAGAAAAAAGGACGCUACGGCUCCGACGUCGAUUUGAACGACGACGACGACAACGAUAAAGAUGACGAUAUCGGUGAAUCAUCCAAAACCCCAAAACUUUAUCAACUCCUCGACUGUCGACAAACCGCUCGUCCGAAACAAAUAGCCAAAGCGUACAAAACGCAAGCCAUGAAGUGGCAUCCGGACAAACAACACCACUCGAAAGACGAAGCCGCGAAACUCCAACAGGCGGAAACGAGGUUCAAGCAAAUCGCGUUCGCGUUUUCUAUUCUCAGCGAUAAAAAGAAGCGCGCGGAAUACGACGAGGAUAACACCAAGUACGAUCAGAUGUUGUGA